AUGCCUGCGUGCUUCUUUGAAAUGUGGGCAGCGCGUUGGACCUGUGAGCAGUGGCUCAACUCGUAUCCGUGGCUGAACAAAGAUUUUUUUGCCGGCCUUGACCGGGCGUACUUGGCCAGCGUAGACUGUACCAUCAAGAUCAACUUGGCACGAAAUGACAUCGGCGACGAUGGGGCCAAGGUGCUCGCCGAAGCGUUGAAGAUCAAUCGCUCGGUGACCGAAAUCUCUUUGACUCGAAACAACAUCGGCGACGACGGCGCCCAGGCUCUUGCAGGGGCCAUCGCCAUCAACAGCUCAAUCGUCAAGGUCGAUCUGAGUUUCAACAGCCGCAUCGGAGAAGUUGGGGCACAGGCCCUGGAGGAAGUUCGUCAAGCGAACAGCUCCGUGGUCUGCUGGUGA